GCAGACGACCGCCGACCGUCGAAGGGGACAGUUGUUCUCCCCGCCUCCAAUCAGCUGAUCCUCAUCGGCAGCCAACCGACCGCCUUUCCAAUUGGACUCGCGAUCGCCUCGCCCACCACUUAGAUUCAGUUUAUUUUCGGUCAUAUGUGCUAAUAAUCCCGCGAGUGCCAACUAAUUGUGCCGGUGGUUUCGUAGUGCAAGUGAUCGUCUUCCCGAAGGCGGAAGAUUCUUUCUGCAGGCCGAAGGCCACAAUGAAAUCGAAGUACGAGAACAUGAAGAUCAUCUACAACCGUAGCAAGAUCGGGUGGUAUUGGGCUCCCCUGUUUGUGUCCUGCUGGUUCCUGCUUUUCUACCUGGUGGUUAUACCAAGUUUCCACCGCAUGCCGCAACUGAAAACCAUCGAGGAUGAGCGCCAGCAGCCGGGUCAAUUCAUAGGGGAGCGAGCGGAGAACACCCUCUUGAGGCUCUCGAAGAUCGGACCCAAGGUCGUGGGCAGUGCUGCCAACGAACAGGUGGCCGUUCAGUUCCUGCUCAGCGAAAUUAACGACAUCAUUGACGGGGCGAAAUUAGACCUCUACGAUAUCGAAAGGGACGUUCAGGUCGCCUCCGGGAACUAUCUCCUCUGGUCCAUGGUCAAUGUCUAUCAGACCAUUCAGAAUGUGGUGGUGAAGCUUUCGCCCAAGAAUGCCACCAGCGAGGCUGCUCUUUUGAUAAACACCCACUUCGAUUCCGUUCCGGGAAGCUCGGGAGCCGGAGAUGCUGGCAUGAUGUGUGUCAUUAUGCUGGAAGUGCUGCGGGUAAUCACAAAGUACGAGACUCCACUAACCUACUCGGUGGUGUUCCUCUUCAACGGAGCCGAGGAGAGUCCCCUGCAGGGCAGCCACGCCUUCAUCACCCAACAUCCUUGGGCCCAAAACGUUAAAGCGGUCAUUAACUUGGACUCAGCUGGCAGCGGAGGACGGGAAAUUCUAUUCCAAUCCGGUCCCGAUCAUCCUUGGCUGAUGAAGUACUACGGCAAGAACAUAGUUCACCCUUUUGCCUCCACUAUCGGAGAGGAAUUGUUCCAGAAUGGCUUUGUUCCGUCAGAGACCGAUUAUCGCGUGUUCCGGGACUUUGGCCAUAUACCCGGUCUCGAUAUGGCGCAGACUUUGAAUGGCUAUGUGUACCAUACCAAAUAUGAUCGGUUUAAUAUCAUCCCGCGACGCACUUACCAACUGACUGGCGAAAAUAUUUUGGCUCUGGUCAAGGCUCUGGCGAAUGCUGAAGAACUGGAGAACCCAACGAAAUACGCCGAGGGUCAUAUGAUAUUCUUCGACAUGAUGGGCUGGUUCUUUGUCUAUUACCCGGAGAGCACUGGUGUCAUCAUCAACAUAUCCGUGUGUGUCCUGGUGUGCAUCACCAUCGUGGGUUAUAUCUGGAUCAUGUCCAGUAGUACGGGCAUGUUCCGUCGACGCAUCUGGGCAAAGUUCGGCAUUCUGACCGCUCUCCAGGUGGCGGGUGUUGCCCUGGGCAUUGCCCUGGUCAUGUCCAUAGCCUUGUUCCUGGACGCAGUGAAUCUCUCCAUGUCCUGGUUCUCGCAGAACUGGAUGCUUUUUGGUCUUUACUUCUGCCCCAUGAUAUUCGGCAUGGGCAUAGUGCCGGCUAUUUACUUUAGUCGCACCAAAGAGCAUGGUUUGCCUUUGGGCUAUGGAAUUCAGCUAUUGAUGCACUCGCAUUGUCUGAUCUUGACUGUUGUCACCGCCAUAAUGGUGAGCUACAGUAUCCGAUCUGCCUUCAUCAUCAUGCUCUGCAUUGGCUUCUACACACUAUCCGUGCUGAUCAACAUGGUCACUAAGGCCCACAAAACAAAUUUCCUGUGGCUUAUACCGCACUGCAUUUGCCAGGUGCUGCCCUUCAUGUUCUACACGUAUUGCUGCUAUGCCUUCUAUGUGGUUUUUGUGCCCAUGCAGGGACGCGAGUGUAAUACCAAUCCGGAGAUUCUGAUGGGUUUCUUUACGGCACUAAUGGUCCUGCUGUUUGCGCCCUUCCUAGUGCCUUUGUUCUGUCUGUUCCGCAAGUCCAAAACGAUUAUCUCAAUUUUUGGUAUCUGCACGAUAGUAUUUAUUAUAUUUGCCGCAACACCCAUUGCCUUUCCUUAUGCCGAGAAGACGGCAGCCCAAAGAUUCUUCGCUGUGCACACAGCCCGAACCUUUCACAAUGGUGAUGCUGCAAGCUCGGUUAGCCACUCGGAUUCGGGAUACUUUGUUCUUCCGGUCGAUCGACGUCCCCACACCGUGGAUGAUAUUCUCUUUGAAAACACUAACUUUACUAAGGCGGAACGUAUGGACUGUGAUUCGGAGCUUAUGUGCGGCUUUCCCAUUUACAGCUCUCGCUGGCUGAAUGCAGUUGACAAUAGCUACUUUGUACCUGGACCCCAGCCCAAUAUGCAAUAUAUUCCUACUUUAACCAUAUUGGAUAAAACAAGUAAUUCGGAUACGAAUAUUAAAUUCGAUCUUGAAAUCUCUGGACCAAGUCACACAAGCAUAUUCAUACUACCCUUAAACGAUACCAAAUUAGUGGAUUGGUCGUUCAUAAGAGAGCCGAUAGAUACAAAUGUACCGCCGCCUUACUAUGUGUACUGGUCGUAUGCAUUGGAUUCCAAGCCCCUGCAGUUUUCACUGGAAUUCGAGCACGAUGAUCCUAAUUGGUCAGGGGGGACUUUUAAAAUAGCCCUAAUGGGUCACCGAAUACACGACGACAUGUAUAUUACGCAAGACUUCAGGGACUUCCUGGCCACGUUUCCACCUUGGGCGCACGUUAGCUCCUGGCUUGGAUCCUAUAACAGUUGGCAACUUUAAACAUAGACCCAAAGUUCUUUCACGAACUCAACUCAAUCCCAUGUUUGCCAUGACACCUCAGCUACUUUUAACUUUGGUACUACUGAUCAAUUAACUAAUGUACCAGUAACCCUAAUGCAACGAACAAAGUGUCGAUACUCAUGGCACACCCCAUCAUGUAUUUACCAUUAGAACACUGUAGUUACUACUUUGUAAUUUUAUUAAAAUAUACUAUAAAUUAUUUAUUGAGAUAA